AUAUGCAUAUGUAUCAUCUAUGUAUGCGUAGAAGAACAAAGGGGAAUUCGAGAACAUUGGAUUCUAAGAUGUCGAUUAGUUUUUGUGUGGCUGUUUUUUGUUUCUGUUGAUACCAAUAGAAAUGUUGAAACUUGUGGUUUUGAAGAGAAUUAAACCUAUUUGGUGGGGUAUCUGAAAGGAAUUUGAGGAAUCACUCUGAGAUUUACUUUAAUCUUCUUAAGUUGAGUGGGCGUUGGUGAGAGUGACUUGUUUGCAUUUGUGGACUGUAAACAUUGAUAAACUAUUCAAGAUUUUCAUACCAUUUGCGAUUUAUUCAAUACUAGUGGCUACCUGCUGUUUACAUUUAUCAUCGUCAGCCCUUGACUCUCUUUUUUUAUAUCUAUCUCUUUCUCUCUCUCACACCACACACACAAUUACAUGCUAAAAGAUUUUAAAUUAGUAAAAUUUGAUCAUAAUCUUAACCUAGGAAAUUGAACAGAGACCAGAAAUUCUCGUCUGGACUUUGAAUCCUUUGUUUCAGGGUUCCUCUGCAAAUUAUGCUUGAUGUUUAAGAGCUCUUGUAAGCAUGGAGAAAGAUUCAUACGAAAAAUCUAAUCAUCCCAAUCAUGGUCUUCAGAUUAUAAAGCACCCCUCUUACCCAUCUUAUGGUAAACGAUUAAUAUCUUGGUUUGAUAUCCGUGUGUUCUACGUUAGAAUAAGCAAUUUCAUGAUUGACGGAUAUACCCCUCAUUAUCUCACCCUCAACCAUAUACCAUUAAACCCUGAUACUGUCCUUGAAGUAAAUGGUAGAAGAUGUAGCCUCCAAUCAGAGGGUAGUUCUUGUCGCCUAAAAAAGAACAGAGUAGACAAGAAAUUUGAAGAAGCUACUUUUGUAAGUACAGACAGUAUAAGAUUGUCAGGUGGUGUGAAGUUUGAGGUUUUUGAUGGUGAAGAUCUUAUUCUUUUUGGGACUUUGGAAAUGUUAAAUGAAUCGAAAGAUAAUGAUAAUGGGAAGUGGAGUAUGAGUUGUGAAUCAAUGAUUUGUUGUGGAAAUGGGUUUUUGAAAGGUGGUGAUUCAUAUUCAUUGCCACCAAUGAUUGAAGUUUAUGUUGCAGGAUCGUUUUCUGGGACACCGAUUAUUUUGACAAAAACUUUACAGAUUAGUCUCAAGAAGAAGCAACAUCGGAAAGGAAUGUUGGAUUCCAUUCCAGAGUAUGAGAGUGCGGAAUCGGAAUCUCGGAAAGACGUUGUACCUGGACUUGAUCUUCAGAUAGAUGGAUAUGGGAAUUACAAGGGUGGAAAUGAGAAUCAUGAGAAUUAUGAGAUGAGCCCGUAUUGGAAUCAAAUGGAGUAUUUGGAAGGAGAAGAUGGAGCACUCUCGUGGUUCAAUGCCGGAGUGAGAGUCGGAGUCGGAAUUGGGCUUGGUGUUUGUCUCGGGGUUGGAAUUGGAGUUGGUCUUCUUGUUCGAACAUAUCAAUCUACCGCUCGAAACUUUAGAAGGCGGCUAUAGUAAUUCCUUCUCUUGUUUUUAUUAUUUCUUUUCAAAUUUUGGUUAUAUGCGAUAAAGGGUGUAGAAAACAACUUAUUUUUGGCAUAAGUUUUAUCACCAAAUCGAUGUGAUGUGAUGUUGACCCAAGUGUUUGGCUUAAGGGUUUAGGGUUUAUGUAUUGUCUUAUAUUAAGUUUAGUAUUUUCGUAAUUAAGGAACUCUGAAUA